UCAGUGAAGACUGAAGCCCUUUAAAUCCUUCGUGAAGAAUAUGUUGAGAUUGCUAUGGUAACCCAGAACAACAAUAUAAGCCUUGAAGGCUGGGAUGGGAGGAAAGUAAUUAUCAAAGUAAAUAUUUUUUCUUCCUUCCUUUCUCUCUUUCUUUCUUUCUUUCUUUCUUUCUUUCUUUCUUUCUUUCUUUCCGAAGGCAAUAAAUCUUAAAUAAGAUUGAAGUACAAGUGAGAAUUAGCCAGAAGUGAAGUAGAAGGAUGUGGGCAGGAGGAAGGGUAUCUCUAAGCAUCAGCAAAAGCCUGUAACAGGUAGAGUUGAGAGUGUGGAAUUAUGGCUGGGAGAUAGAGUGAACUAAGUAGAUUAGAUUCAAUUGCUUAAACUUCUUAGUUGGAGGAUCUUCAGAAAUGCAAUCCAGAGAAAAGUGCUUCAUUCUUCAGUAGGAUGACAUAUUCUUGGUUUAGCAGAAUAAUUCUUUUAGGAUAUAAGAAACCUUUGGAAAGAGAAGAUCUUUUUGAACUAAAUGAAAGUGAUUCUUCCUAUAUUGUGUGUCCCAUCUUUGAAAAACAAUGGCGGAAGGAAGUUUUAAGGAAUCAAGAGAGGCAAGAAAUAAAGGCAUCCUUUCAUAAAGAGGCAUGUGCCAGGAAACCAUCUCUGCUCUAUGCAUUGUGGAACACCUUUAAGUUUGUCCUGAUUCAAGUUGCUUUAUUCAAAGUGUUUGCUGAUAUUUUGUCCUUCACUAGCCCACUCAUAAUGAAGCAAAUGAUUAUUUUCUGUGAAAAUCGCCAAGAUUUUGGAUGGAGAGGCUAUGGUUAUGCUUUGGCACUUUUUGUUGUAGUCUUUUUGCAAACCUUGAUCCUUCAGCAAUAUCAACGUUUUAACAUGCUCACUUCAGCAAAAAUUAAGACAGCCGUAAUUGGACUCAUCUACAAAAAGGCCCUACUUUUAUCUAAUGUCUCACGAAAGAGGUUUUCAACUGGGGAAGUUACUAACUUGAUGUCAGCAGAUGCCCAGCAGCUCAUGGACUUGACCGCAAACCUCAAUCUCCUUUGGUCAGCCCCUUUACAAAUCCUGAUGGCCGUAUCACUGCUUUGGCAAGAGCUGGGUCCAGCAGUGUUGGCAGGGACAGCAGUCUUGGUGUUGGUUAUACCAAUAAAUGCUUUGGUUGCAACAAGAGUAAAAAAGCUAAAGAAAAGUCAAACGAAGAACAAAGAUAAACAGAUAAAACUACUCAAUGAAAUCUUACAUGGAAUUAAGAUCCUCAAACUUUAUGCAUGGGAACCCUCCUAUAAAAAGAAGAUUGUUGAAAUUCGAGAACAGGAGUUAGAAGUUCAAAAAUCAGCUGGGUAUCUUGCUGUAUUUUCUAUGCUGACAUUAACUUGCAUUCCAUUCUUGGUGUCCCUGGCGACAUUUGGCAUCUAUUUCUUAUUGGAUGAAGGAAACUUUUUAACAGCCACUAAAGUGUUCACAUCUAUGUCUUUGUUUAAUAUUUUGAAGCUUCCUUUGUUUGAUUUACCAAUGGUGAUCUCAGCUGUGGUCCAGACAAGAAUAUCAUUGGGUCGGUUGGAAGACUUUCUCAACACUGAGGAGCUUCUUCCUCAAAAUAUUGAAACAAACUACAUAGGAGAUCAUGCCAUUGGUUUUACAAAUGCUUCCUUCUCCUGGGAUAAAACAGGGAUUCCAGUACUUAAAAACUUGAACAUAAAGAUUCCAGAAGGAGCUUUAGUGGCUGUCAUAGGGCAAGUUGGAUCUGGAAAAUCAUCUGUGCUUUCUGCCAUGCUUGGGGAAAUGGAGAAACUUACAGGAGUUGUUCAAAGAAAGGGUUCCGUGGCUUAUGUUGCCCAGCAGGCCUGGAUUCAGAAUUGCAUUUUACAAGAAAACAUUCUCUUUGGCUCCACCAUGCAGAAGCAAUUUUAUGAGCAAGUAUUGGAAGCCUGUGCUCUCCUUCCUGAUUUGGAGCAGUUACCAAAUGGAGAUCAAACUGAGAUUGGAGAAAGAGGUGUGAAUAUAAGUGGGGGCCAGAAGCAUCGAGUGAGUCUGGCCAGAGCUGUGUAUAGCGGGGCUGACAUCUACCUCCUGGAUGAUCCCUUUUCUGCAGUUGAUGUCCAUAUUGGAAAGCAACUUUUUGAAAAAGUGAUUGGGUCCUCGGGUAUUUUGAAAAACAAGACUCGUGUUUUAGUGACACACAACCUCACACUUCUACCACAGAUGGAUUUGAUUGUUGUAAUGGAGAGUGGCAGAGUUGCACAAAUGGGAACAUACCAGGAGCUGCUGUCUAAAACCAGAAACCUCACACAUUUGCUUCAGGCCUUCAGUGAACAAGAAAAAGCUCAUGCUUUAAAGCGAGUCAGUGUAAUCGACUCCAGAACUAUACUGAAAGACCAAAUCUUGGAGCAAAAUGAUAGGCCCUCAUUGGAUCAAGGAAAACAAUUCUCAAUGAAAAAGGAAAAGAUCCCUAUUGGUGGGGUGAAGUUCUCAAUCAUUCUGAAGUACCUCCAAGCCUUUGGCUGGCUCUGGGUGUGGCUGAGUGUGGCCAGUUAUGUAGGGCAGAAUUUGGUAGGCAUUGGGCAGAAUCUAUGGCUGAGUGCCUGGGCAAAAGAAGCAAAACACAUGAAUGAGUUCACAGAAUGGAAGCAAAUAAGAAGCAAUAAACUUAAUAUCUAUGGAUUAUUGGGAUUAAUGCAAGGUCUCUUUGUCUGCUCUGGAGCCUAUAUACUCACUCGAGGGUCCCUGGCUGCCUCUCGAACAUUGUAUGCUCAGCUAUUGGAUAAUGUGCUACACCUCCCGCUCCAGUUUUUUGAAACCAGUCCUAUAGGCCAGAUAAUCAAUCGGUUCACCAAGGACAUGUUUAUAAUUGAUAUGCGUUUCCAUUACUACUUACGGACCUGGGUGAAUUGUACAUUGGAUGUUAUUGGAACAGUUUUGGUCAUCGUAGGAGCUUUACCACUCUUCAUUCUGGGGGUUAUUCCCUUGGUUUUCCUCUAUUUCACUAUACAGAGAUACUACGUAGCAAGCUCUCGGCAGAUUCGACGAUUGGCAGGAGCCUCUCGCUCUCCUAUCAUUUCCCACUUUAGUGAGACUUUAUCAGGGGUGUCCACUAUCCGGGCAUUUGGACACGAACAGAGGUUUAUCCAGCAAAACAAAGAGGUGGUGAAUGAGAACUUGGUCUGUUUCUACAAUAAUGUAAUUUCAAACAGGUGGCUGUCUGUUAGACUUGAAUUCCUUGGCAACCUAAUGGUAUUUUUUGCUGCACUGCUUGCUGUGCUGGCUGGCAGUUCGAUAGAUUCAGCAAUAGUUGGCUUGUCCAUAUCCUAUGCCCUAAAUAUUACUCAAUCUCUGAAUUUUUGGGUAAGGAAAGCUUGUGAAAUUGAAACCAAUGCAGUUUCCAUUGAAAGAGUUUGUGAAUAUGAAAAUAUGGGUAAAGAGGCACCCUGGAUAAUGUCUAAAAGGCCUCCAGCACAAUGGCCCAACAAAGGGAUAGUGGAAUUUAUUAAUUAUCAGGCUCGAUACCGAGAUGAUCUUGGUUUAGCAUUACAAGAUAUCACUUUCCAGACUCAUGGAGAAGAGAAGAUUGGAAUUGUGGGACGGACUGGAGCAGGCAAAUCAACACUUUCAAAUUGCCUAUUUAGAAUUGUGGAAAGAUCAGGAGGCAAAAUUAUUAUCGAUGGAAUUGACAUAUCAACUAUCGGACUUCAUGACCUUCGGGGCAAACUUAAUAUUAUUCCACAGGAUCCUGUUUUAUUUUCUGGAACCCUUCAAAUGAACCUGGAUCCUUUAGACAAGUAUUCUGAUUGCCAGCUCUGGGAGGUGUUAGAACUGUGUCACUUAAAAGAGUUUGUGCAGUCCCUUCCCAAGAAGCUGCUGCAUGAGAUUUCAGAGGGUGGUGAAAACCUCAGCGUUGGACAACGGCAGCUUGUCUGUCUUGCUCGUGCUUUGCUUCGAAAAACAAAAAUUCUCAUCUUGGAUGAGGCAACAGCUUCCAUCGAUUUUGAGACUGAUAACCUGGUGCAGACCACAGUCAGGAAGGAGUUUUCCGAUUGUACCAUCCUGACGAUUGCACACAGAUUGCAUUCUAUCAUUGAUUCUGAUAGGGUACUUGUUCUAGACUCUGGAAGGAUUACAGAAUUUGGAACACCACAGAAUUUGAUAUGCCAGAAAGGACUUUUCUUUGAAAUGCUAACAGAAGCAGGAAUAACACAAGAUUCAGUGACAAAAUAAUGAAUGAUUUUAGCUGUGUAUUGGUUAUACUGAGUAAAAAAUAAGUUAGUAUUUAAAAAAAUGACAAGGAGCAGUGCACAAAGACAGGCCCCUAGCUACAUGUUGGCAUAAAUAUCGAUAAGCAUCGUAUUUCUAACUUUCCUGGGCUGUACCCAAACUUCUCUCUUCCAUUCCUGCCCUCUGGAAUAUCGGCCUGCUCCACAGCGCCCAGUGUGCUACAUGCCAUUUGUCCUUUAAGAUCUCUGAGUUCAUCCAGGAGUCACCUUCUCUGUGACAUGUCCCCUGAUAUUCCCCUCUGUUCUCCAGUCUGAUCCAGCUGCCCCAUUUCUGUGCCCUCACCAUCCCCACAUGCAUACCCAUGUACCAUGGCAGGGACUCUGUUUCAGUUAUUUUAGUCUGUCUUCCCACUAAUGCUACUUAAAGGCGAGUACCCAGUUUCAGUUGUCUUUGUAUGUGAAGUUCCUAGCAUAGUGAUUUUCAUACAGUUGAUACCCAACAAAUGUUUGAAGAAUGAAUGACUCGGCAUUUUCAAGUAUAUGAUACAGGUAUUUAUAGACAUACAUAAUAUAUGCUGAGCUACUGGACAGCAUAUAAAAUGAUGGAGGAAUCACAAAAAAUAUUAAGAGUUAUUCAGUUGAUUUUGGAAACAGUGAUUGUAUAUUAACUGAAUUUUCUGGUGUACUUUAUUUAAAAAAAUAUUUUUACUAUUGACUUUGAAUUAAAAAAUGGUAUUUUCUAUGCAACCUUAUACUUUUGGUUGGGUUAACCUCAGUGACUUAUAUAUCAGAUGGUAUACAUUCACAAGAAGAUUGUUGAUUUGUAAUACUAAUCAUAUUUUGAAGGACUUUUUAAUAUAGUAGUUUUAUGUAAUACAAGCAAUAUUAUUUCUCUGAGUUGCCCUUCAAAUUUGAAGUAUUUAAAUUUUAAUGGCGUUUUCCUUUCAAGAUGGUUUUAAUAAAAUAUUUUAACAUGUUCUUGAAAAACCAUCAAUUAUUUCUUUUAUUCACUUUUUCUCCUUCCUACAGCCAUGUACAACCUAGCUUCAUCCCUACAGGUAUUUAUGAAAAUUUGCUUUAAGUUAUAAAACCCUAGAUUAUCUAAAGCCUCCUUCCAUUAGAAUGGAAGCCACUAGAGGUGUUUUCCUGUCUUUACAAUCCCUGAAGUGUCAACCACUAUAUUUUGUACUCAGUAAACAAUGAAUAAAUAUCUGUUGAAUUCCAUUAAGAAAGGGAUCUAGACUCUUCAACAAAUGAUGUUGGGAACACUGGAUAGCUACCUACAAAAGAAUGAAACUGGACUACUUUCUUUCACCAUACACAAAAAUAAACUCAAAAUAGAUUAAAGACCUGAAUAUGAGACCUGAAAUCUAAUGUUUUCUUAGAAGAAAACAUAAUAAUUUCUUGGACAUUGGCCUAGCAACGUUAUUCUAGAUAUGUCUCCUUAACCAGGGAAACAAAAGCAAAAAUAAACUAUUGGGAGAUUUUGCAUACUAAAGGAAACCAUUAACAAAACAUCAGGCAAACUACUGAAUGGGAGAGAUAUUUCCAAAUGAUAUAUCUGAUAAAGGGUUAAUAUCUAAAAUAUAUAAAGAACGUAUACAACUCAACACCAAGAAAAUGAGUAUACUGAUUAAAAAUGGGCAGAGUACCUGAAUAGACAUUUUUCCAAAGAGGACAUAUACAUGGCCAACAGAGACAUGAAAAGAGGCCCAACAUCAUUCAUUAUCAGGGAAAUGCAAAUCAAAAUUACAGUGAGAUAUGUUACACCUGUCAUAAUGGCUAAAAUCAAAAACACAAGAAAUAACAAGGUUGGCAAGAAUGUGAAGGAAAAGGAACUCUGUGGUGGGAAUGCAAAUUGGUGCAGCCACUGUGGAAAACAGAAUGAGGUUCCUCAAAAAAUUAAAAAUAUAAUUACCAUAUCAUUCAGUAAUUCCAUUACUAGAAAACAAAAACACUAAUUUGAGAAGAUAUAUACACCCUCUUGUUUAUUGCAGCAUUAUUUAUAAUAUCCAAGAUACAGAAGCAACUGAAGUGCCCAUUAAUAAAUGAAUGGAUAAAGAAGAUACGGUAUGUAUGUAUGUGUGUGCAUGUGUGUAUAUAAAAAGAAUAUCAUUCAGCUAUAGAAAAUAAAUCAGGGGGCGCCUGGGUGGCUCAGUCGGUUGAGCGUCCGACUUCGGCUCAGGUCACGAUCUCACGGUCCGUGAGUUCGAGCCCCGCGUCAGGCUCUGUGCUGACCGCUCAGAGCCUGUAGCCUGUUUCAGAUUCUGUGUCUCCCUCUCUCUCUGACCCUCCCCCAUUCAUGCUCUGUCUCUCUCUGUCUCAAAAAUAAAUAAACGUUAAAAAAAAAUUAAAAAAAAAAAGAACAAUAAAUCAGUCUUGUCAUGUGCAACAACAUGGAUAGAUCUAGAGGGUAAAAUGCUAAGUAAAACAAGUCAGGGAAGAACAAAUACCAUAAGAUUUCACUCAUAUGUAAAAUUUAAGAAACAAAAAAAGGACAAGAAGAUUUUAAA